AUGAUUAUAAUACUAUUUCUAUUCCAAUCCUAUAUUACAUGUAAGCCAAAGCCGUGCUCGAUUCCCCAGUCUUUCAGUUUCAUUGAACCAUGUUACAAGAUUGCCGAUCCAUUUAUGCGUGAGAUGAUCGCGGCCGCCCCACACGAAUAA